AUGUCCUACGAAAUUGCUUCAUAUUCUCUUUGUCCAACCAAAUUGUUUUCUCCUUUUCUAUGUCCUACCAAAGUUUUUUUUCUUUCUCCCUGUCCUUCCAUAUUAUUUCCCUUUACGCUGACUCACCAAGUUGUUUCCCUUCUUUCUUUUUCCCUUCUCCCUGUCCCACCGAGUUGGGUUUUUUUUAUUCUCCCUGUCCAACAAAAUUGUUUUCCUUCUCGCUGUCCCAUCGAGUUGUUUUCCCUUCUACCUAUCCCACGAAGUUUUUUUCCGUUCUCCCUGUCUCACCAAAUUUUUUUUCCCAGUUUCAACGUCCCACCAAGUUUUUAUCUUCUUUGUUCCACCAAGUUUUCUUUCCUUCUCCCUGAACAUGUAAGUAGUUUUCGCUUCUUCCUGACACAUCAUUUUUUUCUCUCCCUGUCCAAAUACCACUCUCCACCAAUCUCUCUCUCUCUCUCUCUCUCUAACUCUCUCUCUUCUCACUCUCUCUCUCUUCAAAAGUUCUUUCGCUAA